CACACGCACACAAACACAAACACAACAAAAGCACUUUUGCCUGCCAGGACUCUUUCCUGAUCAUAUAGCUUUACGUUGACGCUUCUCUAUUGCUAUUGCGACGGCUAUCCAAAGAAAAGAACAUGUCUUCCCCUAUCGACCUCAAGAACCCCGACCGCGUGAUUCACGUUGGUGUCAUCCUCCUUGAAUCGAUUACCGAGAUCCUCGACGUCGCCCCGCUCGACCUGUUCUCCGGUCUGAGCAAGAGGUUCGUGAUGGACAUACCUGAGGCCUUCUUGCCCCAGUGCCACAAGGAUGAGGCUCUUGAUAUCGAGUUCCACUGGGUCUCAGCCUCUGGAGGCGCGAUGGAACUGACGGCGGGCGUGAAGCUGCAGACCACGAACACUUUCGAAGAUUGCCCGCCUCUCGACGUCGCACUGAUGGGUGCGCACGAAGUAGGAAUCUACCAGCUUACGGAGGCUGAGCUGGCCUUCAUUCGCAAGACCUACGAGCACUGCGCCGCGUUCCUGUGCAUCUGUGCCGGCAUGAUGCCGGCGCUCCAGGCCGGCCUCCUUCAGGGGAAAACGGUCACUGCACCGCGCGAGAUGCUCCCGGAGCUCCGCAAGCAGGCGCCUGACGUCGACUGGGUGAGCAAACGUUGGGCUAACGACGGAAAGGUGUGGACGAGCGGAGCGCUGCUCAACGGACUAGACAUGAUGGUUGCCUUUGCGCAGCACACCUGGGGCAACAAGGCGGCUGAUGGGAAGCCGCUCGAGCUCAUCGCCCACAUGAUCAAGAUGGGAGGCUGGCCAGUUCGUGAUGUCGACUACAAGGACGAAUGCUUCUGA